AUGAAGCUUAAAUUUAAGGUACAGACCACACCACCGGACAAACAGGCUCCCAGUCGGAAGGAUCAGGCCGUGACGUCUAGACUCACCUUUGUCAAUAUUGACUGCCCAACGCAAAUCAAGAGCGCUACCACUCAGCGCAAGAUCCGUCGUCAUGUCAUGAAGGAAAUUGGUCGUUCGAGAAGACGGGAUGUGGUUCACCAUCCAAGCACAGGCCAAAGCGCCAUCACGGUGUCAAGAUCUUUACCGCGUUCUGUCCCGUCCUACUGGGGCGACGUCAAGGUCUGCAUCAACUUCAAGCGUCUCUUCCGAGCCAUGGACAUGGUUUCAGGAGGACUUUUGGCCUUGGCGAUGGCCGACUCAGCUCAUGAGUUUCGCCAGAGGUUGGACAUGGACCUUAAUGCUACAUUGCAACAAAAACGUCGGCCAGAUCAAGCAGGAUCUCUGGGCGAGAUGAAGCAAUACACUGAGUCACUCAGUCUCGUCCGCAAAUCUAUCGUCGCACCAGAAAGUCGGGUCAGUCGCCAUGCCAUCAUUGGCACCAUCAUUUGCCUAGUGGUUUUUGACAUGCGUGUCCGCAGCCGCGAAAGGUGGACGAUGCACAUGAAGGGGCUGGACAAGGUCGUUCAGCUUUUUGGUGGCACGGAGGCACUCGACUCGUGCCCACCCGUCCGCCAGUCGUUAUUCAUGUGGGAAUCUACCUACCUCUUCCUCUUCAUCAUGGGGCUACCACGACAGACAUGCGUGCUGCCCUGUGCCAGACAGUCUUACCUACAUUCUGCGCAAAGGCUCUCGGUAUUCGGUGAGAUGUCCAAGUCGACCCCGUCGCUCGACGAGACCGCCAUCGUCACCAUGGACAGCGCCCUGAAGUCCGCCUCGCAGCUUGCAACCCUGCUCAAUGACGCGUGGAACGCAAACAGGAUGACUCUGGACCUGCUGAUUCCCGUAUGCAGGCUUGCGCACGACGUCUUGUCACUCCCGAGGAUGGCGAAGUGCAUCGGCCCAAGCGAAAGGGCACAGCAAGCCACACUGCGAAUGACACCGGUCGGUGCUGCUGCGGAAUUGGUCCGGUUAUCCGUCCUCGCUCUGCUGUCUACCGUGAUAACCACAACCUCCGGCGACGAUCUGUAUUGCGCCGCGCAUCACAGCAGCCACGCGCGGCAAUUUCUGGUGCAAGUUGACACCAGAAUCUGGGCUGGGUGGGCAGAGCUGAAGCUGUGGGUGCUAGUCAUUCAGACGUUAAUGGAGACAGGACCAGUCAGACCUUGGCUCAUGGACGAGAUCAUGAAGACCAUGACAUGUUUAUCGCUACAUUCUUGGGAUGGCGUGGUAUCUUGUCUGCAUCAAGUAGCCUGGGUGGAGAGAGCGGCCAUGCAAGAGAUGGCACAGCUCAAGUGCGAUAUCGAGGCGCGGCUGGCACACAAAACUAACGUUUGA